UAUUCAAACUUAUUAAUGUAAUUUUAACACUUGCUAUAGAAUAAAUAAUUUUUAUUUGCAAAUCUAAGGGACUCAUCAUGAGAGAGAGCAUCGCCAAAUGGUCGUAAUGUAGUGGUAAAAACUUGGUUCCAUUAAAGAUCACUUUACAAAAGUUCACUAUUUGGUGGGUAGCAAAAUGCUUGUGCAGCCUCUCAUUUCGGAAAUCACUGUCACAAUUUCAGAAAUAUAAUUGCAACAACAACCUCAGGGCGAUUUUCUUUUUUCGAGGAUACUCUGUAUCCAAGAUAAGGAUGUCUAUAUCAUGGGGAUCUAGAAAACCAUUGACGAUACAACGAUAAUCAAAUUUGGGAAAAGUCUGAUUACUUUCCAAGAUAUGCCAGAUAACUUCCCGUUAGCUAUUUAAACUGACGUUUUUGCAAUUUUUGAUUUUGUAUUAAAAUUCAAAAUUACAAUUGACUGUUCUUUUUGAAAUAAAAUCCCUGUAGAUCUGGAGGUACAUAUCACCAGCAGACAUAAACAGAGUGAUUUGAAAUGGCUACCACAAAAUCUGCUGUGAAAAUCUGAUGAAUGUCGAUACUGUGGUUGAUUUCAUAAUACAAAAAAAAGGAAACAAAUUUGUCUUACUACCAACCAAGAUAAGUUAGUAAAAAUCGUCAAAUUUUCGUGGAAGCAGACUGUGUCCUAGAUUCAGUUUGUUUUAAGUAGUCCGAUAGCGGGUUCAGAUGGAUACUGGAGGAGACUUGAAAACUCAGGGAAAUUCCACCAACCCCUCUUUAUUCAACACACCAUGGAACUUGUCUUCGGUACACUGAGGUACCGUUGUUUUUAGGAAUUUCAAGCUCAAUUGUUGUAUUUAUCUCCAACUUGAGGUAGCAUCUUGGUCGGAUCUUCAUCAACUUAAGAAACCACUAAUCAAUCUGGUCGGUAAUGAAACUCAAGAAUAAAUACAGAAUGGUUUGUAACGAAGCACCCUGUUUCCGCCUGGUCUCGGCAAAAUUAUUAAGAUUAUUCUUGCAGCCUCCGAAAGCUGUUAUACUUUGGAAGAUGAAGGCGAAUUAAUAUUUUGAAUUUUGAACGCCGUUAAUUAAUUAUUAACUAUUUUAGUUUCCAAUAGUAAGUGAAAACCAGGAUAGAAACGAGUUCCAAAUCGAGGUGUUUGAUUAGUCUUGCAGCGUGCAAGUGUGUAGAUAAUGACAACAGUCGUUGUGCCGGAAAAACUCCAAUUAGGCCUAGGCGUUAAUUGGAUUAUCGCAUAUUGAAGUUUGAACGCGCCUAAUUAGUGGCGAAUUGUAAUAGACAUGAAUUCCAAUAAUAGCAACAAACGGAAAGGAAAUCCUCGGCAAAACUGCAGCUUCCUGUCUUCGGCUUCAUUUUUUUACACCAUUCCGACGUUUCUUUAUGGACGCAGAAAAGGUUUUGACGAGGAUAACAUGUACGAGACCGUGGACGGAUUCCGUUCAAAACUGUUAGGGGAUAAGUUGGAAAAACUGUGGUGCAAUGAACUGAAAAACGCGCUUAGGACCAAGCGCGCGCCUUCCUUACGAAAAGUUCUAUGUCGUGCCUUUGGUUUACAAAUGCUUACGUUUGCGGCGUUAUUACUCGUUAUAGAGUGCGCGAUAAAGCCUGCUCAAGCGGUAAUGGUGGGCCGUUUGGUUUCCUUCUAUACACUUGAUAAUGUGAAUACUGGAGUUUUGCCAUAUGCCUUCGGCAUAAUUUUUUUGACAUUUCUAAAUACAGCUCUAUUUCAUCCAUAUAUAGCGAACUCUCAGAUGGUCGGAUUGAAAGCAAAAAUAUCGUGCGGGUCUCUAAUUUACAGGAAGGCAUUGAAACUGCAUUACACAGCUUUGUGCAAGACCAGUGUGGGACAAAUAGUCAAUUUACUUUCAAACGACGCUGUCAUACUUAUAAGAUUCUCUGUAAUCGUGAACUACGUUCUGAUUGCUCCCGUACAAUGCCUCGUCGUUACGUACCUAAUGUACCAGGAGGUUGGAUUUUCAGCAAUAGUUGGUGUAUUAGUUAUCGUUUUGUGUACACCGUUCUAUUAUUUUUUGAGUAAGGGAGCGUCCAAGUACAGAUUGAAGACAGCCAUGCGUACAGAUGAGAGAGUACGCUUUAUGGCCGAAGUCAUUUCUGGAAUGCAGGUGAUUAAGAUGUAUGCUUGGGAAAAACCAAUGGAAAAUAUUUUAAAUUCCCUUCGUAAAUUCGAAAUGAAAUACAUCACUUUGUCCUCUUACACCAAAGCAGUAUACCUUACACUCGAUGUUCUGCUAAUACCAACCAGCCUGUACGUGACCAUACUGGUAUACGUAAUACAUCACCAGUUAACUGCCGACAAUGUAUUCAGCCUAACCGUUUUUUACACUACGUUCCACUUUACAAUGGCCUGGAGCUUACCGCAAGGGCUCUGCGUUUUAGGCGAGACACUUAUUUCGAUCGAUCGCAUUACCAAAUUUCUUACAAGUGCGGAGAUCAUACUAAAUGACGCCGAGAAGAUGGUCGCAAAUUCCGGCGCGAUUGAAAUUACCCACGGUACCGCUAAGUGGAAUACGAAAAUUACUUUAGAAAAUAUCACGUUUGCCGCCAAUCCUGGUUCUUUGAUAGCAGUGAUUGGACAAGUGGGUUGCGGCAAGUCUAGUUUAAUUAACGCGUUGUUAAAGGAAUUGCCUUUAACUUCCGGGAGGAUUUCGGUGAAUGGAAGUGUUAGUUAUGCGCCACAAGACCCUUGGUUGUUCGGCGGAAGCGUACGUGAUAAUAUCCUUUUCGGACAGAAAGUGGAUCUGUUGCGAUACAAAGAAGUGAUUCGUGUGUGCGCCUUGGAGUGUGACCUGCAGCUGCUACCUUUUGGUGAUAACACAAUCGUUGGAGGCCGAGGUAGUUCACUCAGUGGUGGUCAGAAGGCGAGAAUCAGCUUGGCACGUGCGGUCUACAGACAGGCGGACAUUUAUUUAUUGGACGAUCCCCUCUCGGCUGUGGACCUUCGCGUUGGUGAGCAAAUAUUUGAAAACUGCAUUAAGGGCUUUUUGAAGGGAAAGACUGUGAUACUCGUUACACACCAGCGACAGUACUUAAAAGAUAGGGAUCGUGUAAUUGCGCUUGAAAGUGGCACAAUCCUCUCAGAGAUAAACUGGAAGGAAGCAAACGUGUUUGCACGUGAACAAAUCAGCGAGGUUGUAUCCCCUGCUCUUCAAUUUCAAGCAUUAGAUGGUAAAACGAAAGAUGCCCAAAAUAAAGAACAAAUUUCGCGUGGUUCGGUUUCUAAGAACGUGUACUUAUCAUACUUCACUUUGGGUGGAGGUAUUGGAUUUACUACCCUCACUUUAUUUUUGUUGCUACUUUGCCAAGUUUCUGUAAGUUCCAGCUCCUACUUUUUGGCAUAUUGGGUAAACGCUGUGGACCUGGGUAAUGAGACCGCUGCUGGACAAAAUCUCGAAGCAUCAUCAGCAUCCAAUCAAAACAUUUACAUAUACUCCACAAUUACUCUCUUUUGCAUUGUAAUUGCGUCUGUACGUGCCUAUGUGUUCUAUACGUUAUGCCUGAAAUCCUCCAAUCGAAUGCACGGUAAUAUGCUUAGUAGCGUUCUUCGCGCGACCAUGCGAUUUCUCAACACAAACUCGCAUGGAAGAAUCAUAAAUCGGUUUUCUCAAGAUCUGGAAACUGUGGACACUCAACUACCGACGGUGUGUCUCAACGCACUACAGGCGUUUAUAGGAUUCCUCGCCUGUAUAGUGAUAAUUGCAAUGGUAAAUUAUUGGUUUCUUUUAUCAUCAUUUAUAAUUGGAAUCAUGCUGUACUUAUUAAGAGCCUUCUGUUUGGUUACAAUUCGAAAUGUUAAAAGGUUAGAAGGCAUAACUCGCAGUCCAGUGUUCGAACAUCUGGGCUCGUCAUUACAAGGAUUAGCUACCAUUCGAGCGUUUAAGGGCGAAAAAAUCUUGCAGAAGGAAUUCGAUCAACACCAGGAUCUGCACAGCUGCUGCCACCAUUUAUUUCUUUCAACAACUGAGGCUAUGGGCGCAUUGUUAGGCUACGUUUCCGGUAUCUACGUCGCAAUUGUGACAUUAACCUGUACACUCAUUGGCAAUGGGAUGCUGGGUGGAAAUGUCGGACUGGCCGUGACCCAAUGUUUACAGGUAGCCACCUACAUGCAAAGAACAAUUCGACAAUCCGCCGAAUUGGAAAAUCAAAUGACCAGCGUAGAACGCAUCUUGGAGUACGACAAAAUCGAACACGAAGACAGUUUAGGUAGAGAAGCGCCAACGCUUUGGCCCUCAAAGGGCGAAAUCGCUUUUCACAAUGUUAAUUUGGCGUAUUACUUGCAAGGUCCGCUCGCAUUGAGAAACAUAAGUUUCAGAAUUAUGCCGAAUGAAAAGGUGGGGGUCGUUGGAAGGACCGGUGCCGGAAAAUCGUCAAUUAUCGCUGCCUUGUUUCGUUUAAGUUACUUAACCGGAAAGAUACUAGUGGAUGAUGUCGAUAUAAACAAUCUAAAUUUACGUGAAUUUCGGUCAAAGAUAUCGAUCAUCCCUCAAAGUCCGGUUGUGUUCUCCGGAACGCUAAGAACCAACUUAGAUCCCUUUGAGGAAUUUGAGGACUGUGACUUGUGGUCUGCGUUAGAUAAGGUGGAACUGAAGGAAUUCUUUUCGGCGCUUCCUUUAGGUCUGGAUUUUGGAAUUAGCCAAGGUGGGUCAAACGUUAGCGUCGGACAACGCCAAUUGAUAUGUUUGGCGCGUAUCAUUUUACGUAAAAAUAAAAUACUAGUGAUGGAUGAGGCAACUGCAAGUAUUGAUCUUGAGACUGAUAAAUUAGUGCAAAGGACGAUUAGGAAAGUUUUUGAAGAUUGUACAAUAAUAACUAUUACGCAUAGAUUGGACUCAAUUAUGGACUGUGAUAGAAUUAUGGUGAUAAGCGCCGGCGAAGUGGUUGAAUUUGAUAGACCUUCAAUUUUACUUAAAAAUAAUGAAGGACAUUUCUACAAAAUGACGCAACAAUUGUGAAAUAAACAACCGUUUUAGUACAAGUAAUUACAUAAUAAUUAGAACAACUCAAUUGAAAGCUUUAAAUAGCAAAUAUAAUUUAAAUCAAA